AAGAAACAAGAAGUCGUGGUGAUUUGCAUGCGUAAUGCUUGAAUACAUGUGCUCAAAUGUUCAGACGGCGUUAACAACACUCCGACUUGGCUCGCGCUUCACAAGUAUUCUUAAUGACAGCAGCGUCGGUUUUUACGCAAGGAGGGGGAACACCCCCGACCCCGCAGUGCGCAAGAGAAGCGCAGGCUUCGUUCUGCUUCCAGGCUGUCGUCAGGUUCUGACAGUUUCUGAUCUUCCUGUUGCAGUUUUCGCCUUCUCCAUGGCCACCACCACCCGCGGCGCACCUAUACCGGAAAAAAGCGCACUUGUUGGGAACCCGCAGUUUCAGGAAAUCCUAAAAGACAGCAGCAGCCUCACGCACAAAAUCUUACAGUCGAUUCCAGGCGCGCACCGAUCGUGCGUCAACGUUGAGACAUUAAGGCUCAAUUCCUCUGAAAAUUACAAGCUUGUCACACUGGCGUCCACUAUCGGGAUACCUUCAGCUCCUGCCCUGAGUGCCCUUUCAGAUAACUUCACUCUGAAUACCAUGUUAAGGCACAUGCUUGAGGGCCUGCAGCUGCACAAAGACUUGCUGAAUCAUGUCUUACCUCGCCUGGAAGUCAAAGAUAUGGUGAUAGAUCUGACACAUGAUCUCAACGACCUGUCAGUUCAGGUUUUAAAGAUGCUAAAAUUGGCCCAAAGGGAAGGCGUGUCAAAGCCCAAUCCGACUCUUGGACUGGCCUUGGACCUGCGAGGCAGUUAUGAAGUCCAGGUGGCAAUACACCUGAUCCUGGUGCAGCUGCAGGGCUUUGAGCAAGACAUGGACCGCUGCCUUAGAAGCCUGGAGCAGAAUCCUCUGGAGGAGGAGGCUGAAUAUUGACCAUUCACACUCCACUGUUCGGUCACGUGAAAAUCUUGAACUUUAAAAAAUAUUCAAGUACAAAUCUGUUAGGAAUAUUUAUUAAUAAUUUAUUUUUGUAUUUAUGAGUUUAUUUAUAUAAAGUAUUUAUUUCUUUAACUUAUUUUUGAUAACUCCAAGAACUGUACAGAUGAGACAAAUAAAGGAAAAACAGAAGGCCAAAGUCAGCAGAGAUCGUAGUUAUGCCACUCUUGUUAAGAACUGUCCCCAUGAUUUUGUUGUUUUAGAAUAGAAUAGAACUUUAUUGAUUCCACAAAAGGGGGAAAAAAACCACCAGAUAAUAAAUAAACUUAGUUAAAAAUUAACAACUUUUUUUAAGUCAAUGAUAAAAAUGUCAGAGUAAUACUAAGUAUACCUGUAGUUUGCUUCAACUGUAGCAGCCAUAUGAUGUAUUUACAUCAUUUUCAAUUUCUUACAAUAUUUUUAAAGGGAAAUUUGAUGUGAGUUUAUUGAUAUACUUAAAGCAUUAACAGCAUAAACAUAACCUAUUGUUUUAUAACUUUAAUGUAAUUAAUAAACUUUCUGGUUUAAAUUGUUAAAGUAACUAACAAACUAUCUAGUAGCUGAUUGUGUGAGAGUUUGCAUCAUCCAAACCUCCCUCAGAUGACCCAGGAACCUUGGAGUGUUUGAUAAAUUAACAUCUUUGGACGAAGACUCAAAGCAGAUGUUGGUAACUGUUUCUUUCAGCUGCAGAAUGUGGCGCAACCAAAGAGCAUGGUACAGAGAUUUACACACUUGUUUCAAAACCUUUAGAUUAUUGUAUUUGGAGUUUUAAACAUUUAAAAUAAAGCUUUUUGAAUCACCUUCA